CCCAUUGCGUGCAAUUCUGGUCAACCUCGGACCACCGCUUGCUCAGACCUUCAGGAGAAGAGCCCACUUGCAAGAUCAAGUCAGUUGUGCCAGGGUGAACAAGCCGCCUAAAUCACGCUCGAUCUCGGAAACCUGCUCCCACAACAUCUGAAGGAUCGGGAGCCCCUUGAGCGACAAACGCCCCGAAGACCGAAUUUUGGCGCAUAUAGUCACCAAGUAAAUGCGCGCAUAGACCUCAAAGCGAAUCUCAAGGCUAUUAUCGCCCACUGAUUUUCAGUCCAGUCCCGAUGCGUACUCUGCCGGACUCCGUUACCUUCCAUCCAGUCUGUUCGCCGCUCUCCUUGACCCUCGUCAAAUGACGCCGAAGUCCAUCGUCAGGCGCCGCAUGCCGUUCCCAAAGCUCGCGCGGAUCCGGAAGCGCUUGCUGCUCCCGCGGAUUCAGAAGUGUCUUUUGCCGGCGCGGAUCCAGAAGCGUCUUUCGCUCCCGCUAUCCCCGCGCUCGGCCGUGGGCAUUGUUCUCCCACGCGAUCCCCGUAUGGCGAUUCUGAGGACGCCUUCGAUUGACGAUGCCGCCCACUACCACGACGAAGAGCGCGCCGCGCAAGUACGGUGGCAAGAGCAAGUGGGAUUUGCGCGCGCUUGGUGUGGUGAGAAGGUCGCUGAGCCAUAUACCAAGUCCACAAAGAAGAGCAAGGUCGGCGCGGCGAAGCCUGCAGUCGCGACAAAGCCUGCGAACGCGAAGCCCGGCGCGACAAAAGCGUCAAACUCGACGAACACGAACGACGAAACGAUGAACACGAACAUAAACAACGAGACAGUGAACGCGAACAUGAAGAACGAAGGUGGCAAAGUGCAGGAUAGGGAGGUCAUGGAGAUGUUCCGGAAAUUCCAAGAGGCUCAGGCGGCCGAAGCGCGGGCAGCGGGCGAGGUCGUUGGUUGCUCGGAGAAGUCCCAAGCUUGUAUCGUCUCAGAGCCGUCCACCGCCUUCACCGACAAGCCCUCGUUCGACUUUGGCAGUUCUGAUUCUUCCAACAUCUUCGGCGUCUUCGACUCAACCAACAUCUUCGACGACAAGCCAUACGAUAUCUUCGGCCUCCACGAGUCACCUGAUAUCUUCGAAGACAAGCCCUCGUUCAAUUUCGCUACCACGGCCAGCGGGGAGCUGGUCCUUCUCAACUCGCAGGGUGUCGAGGUGUCGGUUUUGGGGACGUAUUCGAUUCCAGCAAAGGAUCGGACGCCUACUUUCGAGGGAGAGGUGCAUUUCUUCAGAGACUGGACCCAAGAACAACUCGACGAGGAGCAGCACGCGCCCAUUAACGACCGAAAAGCCGCCCGCCUUCGCCUAAGACGCAAGCGUUUCGACUUCGUCGGCGGGCCGGGGUAUAGGGUGUAUCUGGCGAGGAGAGAACGCCGCCUCACCGCAGACGAGGACGACUUCCUCCCCCGCAAGCGCAUGCACACCACCGAAGACCUUGCCAAUAUGCGCGCGAAGUGGAAGGUGAGGAGGGAGAGGCCGCUAAGGGAAAGGGCGCUGCGGAGGUGUCUGAGGAUGGCGUAUGCGGGGCGGGUGGGUGAGGGGGCUGGGGGGGACGCGGAUAAGGCGCGUAAGGAGGAGGAAGAUAAGGGGCGUGUGGUACUCAUGAGGCGAGCGGUGCUUUUGAGGCUGAAGGCGGAUGUUGGCAUGGGCGACGACGUCUACCAGGUCGACGAGGUUUAUGCGGCGGGUGGUGAGGAUCAUCCGUUGGGCGAAGAGGAUCAUCACAUGGAAAGCCUGGAGGAAGGGGAGGGGGAGGACGAAGACCAUCCAAUGGACGACGGAGAAGAGAACGAGGACGACGACGCGGACGCGCCCCGCGUCCCAUUCCAGCGCGAGUCGACGCCUGAGCCGGAGGGGGAGGAGGAUUGGAUUAUGUAGGAUUUACAGAGUGUACUGAAGGAGGAGCGUGGAGAGGCGUGUGAGGUGCCGAUAGGUAGGGUGGUAUGUAGGAUCAAAC